AUGCCGCUGAGCUCGGCCGCGGCGGGGCCGGGCGGCGCCGAGCCGGCCUGGGGCAACUUGACGGCGGAGGGCAACGACAACGGCAGCCGAGCCGCCCCGCCGGGGCUCUCCGCAUCGGCCGAGGGGGCGGACGGGCCGCCGUCGGCGCAAGAGCGGGCGCUCUUCGCCGUCCGCUGCGUGCUUCCUUCGCUCUACCUGCUGAUCAUGGUCGUGGGCUUGCUGGGCAACGUCACGCUGCUGAAGGUCUUCGCGGGCCGGAGCGCGGCGCGCAGCGUGCCCAACAUCUUCAUCUCCAGCCUGGCCGUCGGCGACCUCCUGCUGCUGCUCACCUGCGUGCCCGUCGACGCCUCCCGCUUCCUGCUCGAGGACUGGUUCUUCGGCGAGCUCGGCUGCAAGCUGAUCCCGGCUAUCCAGCUCACCUCGGUGGGCGUUUCGGUCUUCACGCUGACCGCCCUCAGCGCCGACAGGUACAAGGCAAUUGUAAACCCAAUGGAUAUUCAAACAUCCAAUGCAGUCCUGUGGACCUGUUUCAAAGCAAUUGCUAUCUGGAUAAUUUCCAUCUUGCUAGCAGUUCCUGAAGCGGUUUUCUCUGAAGUGGCACAUAUCAAUGAUGCAGAUAAUGUCAGUUUCACAGAAUGUAUACGAUAUCCCUCGAAGGAUGCUUUGCACCCAAGAAUCCACUCAGUGAUGAUACUUUUGGUAUACCUCCUUAUCCCCCUCACCAUCAUUUCUAUCUACUAUUACCAUAUUGCAAGGACUUUAAUUAAGAGUGCACAUAAUUUACCUGGAGAAUACAGUGAACAAUCUAAAAGACAGAUGGAAACUCGAAAGCGUCUGGCCAAAAUUGUAUUAGUCUUCGUUGGCCUUUUUGCUGUAUGCUGGUUGCCUACCCAUGUACUGUACAUGUAUCGGUCCUUUAACUACAAAAAGAUUGACCCAUCACUUGGCCACAUGAUCAUCACCUUGGUAGCCCGAGUGCUCAGCUUCUGCAAUUCAUGCGUCAACCCCUUUGCUCUCUAUUUCCUCAGCGAGAGCUUUAGGCGGCAUUUCAACAGCCAGCUUUGCUGUCACUUGAUGCCACAUCAACCAAGAUCUGCCAGUUACCUGAACAGUUCCUCAGCCAUUCGAAUGACUUCUGUGGAGAACAAUGCCAGGAACACUGUUGCCAUGACAACACUGCUGAAUGGGCAUAACCCCAAACAAGAUGCUUCAUUGUGA